UCUCGCAGCUAUACAUUCCUUUCCUCUCUCACCAACUCUUUUUGGAAAUGUCUCAGGGAAGGGGCAGUGCAGGUCCAGCCAUGUUCAUUGUGGUUGCACUACUUUGCCUUGUGGUUCAGUUUGAGGCAGUUCAUGGUGCAACUUUUAUAGUUGGUGGCUCCGGUGGUUGGACCUUUAAUCUCAGUAAUUGGCCUAAUGGCAAGCGCUUUAGGGCCGGUGACAUACUUGUGUUCAACUAUAAUCCAACUUUCCACAAUGUGGUUGCCGUAAACCGGGGCGGUUACAGCGGUUGCAGUACUCCGGCCGGUGCAAAAGUGUUCCAAACAGGGAAGGACCGGAUAAGGCUUGACAAGGGACAGAAUUACUUCAUAUGCAAUUUUCCCGGGCACUGUCAGUCUGGAAUGAAGAUUGCCGUCAAUGCAGCAUAAUGUGAAGCCAAAUUCAAGUGUAAAAUAUAAUUGUCACUAUCUCUAGUGUAAAAUAAUAGUUGUAUUGCUAUCAAUGCAGCUUAUGUGUGUGACCUAAUUUUAUGUCUUACUAUGUAAUGUACAUUUCAGUACCACUUUACCAUGUGGAUUGCGAGAUUAAUUUCCGUGAUUAGAACGUCAAAUUUGAGAAAUUCAAUAAUCUUUCUGUUAAGGGUUAGAGGUCAUGGGGUCACAGACUUUGUUUUAUUAGGAUCUGUUUGGAUGGGUUGGUGCUGGUGCUGGUGCUGGUGCUGGUGCUGUUUUUGUUUCUGUAUGCAAUUUCUGUAAUAUGAAAACAAGUGAUAUCAUCAUGAAAGUGUUUGGGAUGGUAACACUUAAAGGCUGUUUGUUCUGUUGUUGCAAGAAAGUCAAAUGUCACGGGCUUGGUGUAACUUUUUAUAUUAUCUUCUAAUCUACAAAUGUUGUAGUUGCCUUCAGCACCAUAGAACCUGUUAUGCUAUCUUAUUUAAUCCAUUUUCAUGAAAUUUUAUAAUCCAAACACCAAAGUGUGGAAUCAUCCUCGGA